UUGAACUUUUCCCCCCGUUGCUCGUGCCGUGUGAUAGAGCGUUGUCCGGCCUGGCCGUUAUACUGCUGUAGUGACUAUCUGCUACAGUGAACUUGGAGACUGUGUGGACCAUGUGCUGCUCCGGAGAAAGCUGACAGACCGAUGAGAUAAAUCUCACUUAGACAUGACCAACAACAAACCCAAAGUAGAGGGCCGGAGCGAUGAAGCCGAGGGCCCGGAUGGAGGCUGGGGCUGGGUGCUGGUCGGCGCCCUGUUCGUCAGCACAAGCCUCGUGUUCGGCCUGAUGCGUAGCUUGGGGAUCUUCUUUGUGGAGUUUGUCCAGUACUUUGAGGAGAGCGCUCAGGCCAUCUCCUGGAUCUCAUCCACGGGCCUGGCAGCACAGCAGUUCUUCAGUCCGCUGGGUGCAGCACUAUGUAACGCAUAUGAUGCUCGGGUGGUGGUGAUGACCGGGGGCGUUCUCGCAGGACUCGGCCUCAUACUUGCCUCGCAGGCCACCUGUCUUAUUCACCUCUACCUCACCAUGGGUCUUAUUUCCGGUUUGGGCUGGGGGCUGAUCUUUACUCCCAUGGUAGCUACAGUCAUGGCUCACUUCACUCGCCGGCGCACCCUGGUGUUGGGACUGGGGUUCUCCAGCAUCGGCCUGUCCUCCUUCGCAUUCAACCCGCUCUUCCAGCUGCUGGUGGAGAUGUACGCCUGGCGAGGGGCCCUUCUGAUUCUGGGGGGUCUCAGCCUCAAUAUUGUAGCCUGCGGGGCUCUCAUCCACCCUCAGCGGCACUCUAAAGCCCCAGCAAAGGUGGAUUCAGAGAGCAGGUCAUCGCGUGCUUCAGUGCUGAAUCGAGUCUCCUCCUACCUGGAGCUGUCGCUGCUCCUCGAGAGGCCUUAUAUCACCUACACGUUGGCCGUCACUCUUCUUAACGUCGGCUACUUUGUGCCGUAUUUCCACCUGGUGGCCCACAGCCGCCAAGCUGGCUUCUCAGAGUACCAAGCUGCUUUUGUCAUGUCAGCUGCCGGUGUUACAGACAUUUUGGGCCGCGUAGUGUCAGGAUGGUUCUCAGACCUACGUCACUUUCGGCUGAUUCAUUUACUGACCAUGUGGACAACGCUGGCAGGAGUGUUCAUCAUGUUGCUGCCUGUGAGCUCCUUGUCGGGUUCCUACACUGCACUGAUUGGGAUCAGCCUCCUCUACGGCUUCUGCUCCGGGGCGUUGACCUCUCUGGUCUUCGCGGUGGUGCCCAAGAUUGUGGGUGUGGAGCGCAUGAUGGGGGGCCUCGGGCUGCUGCAGCUCAUCGAGAGCGGCGCAGGACUGCUUGGGACACCUAUGUCAGGGUUGCUCAAGGAUAUCACAGGAAACUACAUCGCUUCCUUCAUGGUAGCAGGCAGUUUCGUCAUUCUCAGUACUUUGACCAUGGCCACCCUGCCUCACUACUUCUCCUGCACAGACCCACUGCCCCCUCAAAGACGCUCACUUGAUGACAAAGAUGAGGGUUUACAUUCAGAGUUGAAACUGAUGAAUAGUGUGUUUUCUGACAAGAAUCACAAAGGCGUCAAUGAUCUGACAGAUGAAGUAACCAAAUAUCCGCAAGACUGUGUAGGUUAAGGGUUCAAGAGCCUUGUUGAUACUCUUCAGUUGAGCCAAUACAACGACGGCGCCUAACUGAAGACACCAUCAUGCUGCUCCAUGUGUUUGCAUUAUACCUCAGAGAUUGAGACCCAAAGAAGAAGAAAGACGCUUACUGUGAAAACUCUGACUGCAUAAAGGGGCCAGUUAGUUCCUCACUUUAUUUUAAUGCUUGCUUAGCAAUGCUUAGUAAACACUGAAACACAUACAGAUGUGAGGUUGCUUUACAUGCACAGUAGGAUGGCAUGCAAAAUAGGAAAUAUGAAAGAGAAUGUCAAAUGUUUUAUUAUUACACAUCAACUUUUGCAUACUUGACAAGGAAACAGAAUUUUUUAUUUUUUUAUUUUCUUAGUUCAUGUGAAUGUAAAAUGAAUGUGAUUCUGUUCAGUUACAUUUUGCACAUACAUGAAUAAUCCUCACUAUCCUCAUUUAAUUUAUAUUCAGCUGAUCAGCAUGGCUGGAUUAAUUCACUAUUGACCCCCCUGCCCCUUCUGCUGUCUGUGCAUUGUGUAUGUCCAUCUCUAUACAGUAUAACAGUGAGUACAUACUACGGCUACACAUGACAUUAUGUGUAUAGUACUGCUUGUUUACUCAGUAAACAGACGCUCUACAAGACAGAGCCUCAGGUAAUGAAAAUAAGUUCUUCAGUAUUUCUGCUUUUGUUAUGCAUAUUGGUGUAUUUUCCGAAUAGCAAAUGAUUGUUGGUCUUUACACUGUGUAAUUUGUGGAUAUAGAUUUAUGAGUUAACCCUCUGAGGAGGAAAGACGCACCGGACGCUUCCAAGCGAUUAAGCGAUUAAUAAGGUAAAAUUAAGAAGAUAUGUGAAAAUGCCCUUAGACCUCAGGGGGUUAAAGAAAGUGAAUUUCUUAAUGAUUAGCAGCUCCACUCUGUGUUACGAGCACAGCAAUAGCUCUAAAAGAGCUGCAGACACCAGCACGGUUUCCAGCAACUCUAUUUUCAGCCUCAGGACUUUCCAUCAGUGCAAUCCGUUACUGGGAAGGGACACAACACUUGCUACUCAAGUGCAUUUUCAGAUGAUACAAUCAUUGCUUGCAUAAGCACUUUGUACUUUUUGUAAAUCACAGAUAUUUGGCUUUGACAACAGCUGAAUCAACAACCGGGUCACAGUGACCUGCUGGCUGCAUUUCAAUGCAAAAGGCAUGUGACUUAUGAGUGUGUCAUUCCAUCGCACAGGCAGAUACUGAAUAGUGGAGCUUCUGUAAUGGUUGAAGGUGGAACAUGUUCAUCUUAACCAGCUACAUACAGUAUUUCCUGGCAGUCUGUGAUUCAAAGCUGGGACCCUCGAUAAAAAUACUCGUCUUGAAAAUACCGCUCAAACAUCCAGCCUGCAACCUGACAUCUAUUAUGUUUUUAUUGUGAUAUUUUGUACUCACUCUUGAUUAAAAAAACAACGUAUUUA